CAAAGUGGGUUUUUACGCAAUACUUGGGUCAGCUGCAGAGUGUUUUACCCCACCCCCCAGUCUAUUGGAUGUCAGAAAAUUUACGUGGAUUCAAAAGCAACUGGAUGGAAGAAAUUUGAAUUUCGUGAGAAGUAGACAGUUGUAACCCUUGAUGCUACGAACUGCUGAGCUGAAAGGGAAAAGAAACUGAAAGAGCGUGUGGAGUAGACGCUGGGGAGUACUUAUUCUCCUUCUGCUCUUUCCCCUCUUUCCAAGCAUCUGCUUUUGGAUACUGUGGCACAACAUCUUGGGCUGGAUGUGUCCUGUGGAUAUGAUGUGCCUCUUCUUCCAUACGUGUAGCUUUUCUGAGAUACAGAAAGGGAAGUGAAAUGCUACUGUGCUUGUCUACCUAUGGUUUUUGGUCCUCCAUAUCUGAUAAUCAUGGGGUUUGGUCCACUUCUGUAUUUUUCAGUAUGUUGCCCAGCUGUUAGGGUAUUUAAAGAUUACUAACAACCCUAGCCGAUGCUUCUUAACACAAUUCGUAUAAAUGAGCAAUGCUUAAGGACUAGGACUUUUUUGAAAAGUAGUAACGGUGAUAAGGGUUACUCAGCUAAUGGAGAUAAAGAAUACAUUCAGGUUUAAAUUGCUUGUGUUGGCACAGCCUUCAUGCUGGGAUUACAUUGGCGUUGCAGAAAAGGGGAACAGACACUGAAAACCACGUGUACCAGGUUCUGUUGAUUUUGUGGGUGAUAACCUAUGCUGUGCCUGGUAUUUGCUGGCCUAAUAUGUACAAAUUAUUCUAGUCAGUCAGUAGGCAGUCUGUGAUCAUCUUAGAAUUGCCUUGGUGGCUGAGAUUAGGUCUUUGAAAUUCUUUAGAAGUAGUCUAGGUGAGCUGGGAGGGAUUAACUAAAGGUGAAAUUAAAAAAGCAGAAAGAGUCAAAGCCAUAUAUUAUCAUUACAUAUAAAGAAAUCAGUGAGUCCUGAUUUAUAGGAUUCGGGGAGGCCCAGAAAAUGUUAAAACAUUGGUUGAGAACCAACAGGUAAGUCCAGAAAUUGUGGAUCACGCACAUCUUGUCAGCCUGGCAGCUGUUUAGCCAAGCCUGAUAUGGACAAGGACCUCAGCAGAUGUGCACAAGGUACAGUAUGGUUUCAAGAAGCUGUAUGUCCACUAAUGGAAUGGAAACGAAGCAUUUUCAGGCUUCAGCAGAGAGAUUUUGGGGAAGGAUGAUGAAAGGUUUUUGGAAAUGUAUUGACUGUUGAUCGGAGCUAGAGGCACAGUGUCAGAGAGGUCUGGAGGUACCUGUUUGGCCAUUUGUCUUGGUGGUUACAGUAUACGUAUGUGACAAAUAGACUUGAAGUUGAAAGUGGGUAAGGACCGUGGGCUGUCUUGGUGUGUGCUGAUGAAGCAAGCUAGGUGUCACUACCAGAUGGCGUUUAAGAGGACUCUAGAAGGAGCUUAAGGUUUUUGUGUAGCUGUUACAGCUACAGAAAGGCAUCAGGAAUCAUACAGUGGCUCCAGCUUUUGAGGUCUCCCAGGAAAUAUCAAUAAAGGAACUAAGAGAUGGCAGCAGAUGAGUCACAGAAAGCUCAUAUUCUGCAACAAACUCCAGGUUGCUGAAUCCAGCAAGGGAGAUAAGUUUUGCAUAACUGUCAACAAGUCAAGCCUCAACAGACCUCUCACUGAAAAACUUAAAAAUUAAGAAGGCUUCAGUAGGAUUUGCAGCGUGACCAAGUGUAACAUAUAGGUCCCUCUGCUUUGAAUACAAGAAGGACAGCUGUGAAGAAAGCGGAGUUCUCUAAUCGCAUCAUGGCCAGACAGAUGCAUGGUUAAGUAGAUGACAGGCUACAUACCAGCCUGCUGGAGACCCACACACCCUCAUGCUCUGUUGUAUUGUCUAACCACAAUGUGGCUUUCAUGGUGCAUCAGGUAGCUAACCACUGCCCUGGGCAGGAUUCCGUGGUGUUAAUCAAAGACCUUCGCCUUUUGGAUUGACAGUGGCAAAGCGCAGUUGGCCUGCGUGUUUUGUGGUGCAUUGUUGUUUGAUGUCUUUCUGCAUGCUUGCUUUUCAGGCAAGGAUAAGUAGGCACUCUAAAUAUUAUGCAAAAGAUGCACAGCUGUCUGCAAACCUGUUCCAGUUUUGUAUGUGAUAGGAGUUUUUGUUUCACGGAAUAUUGCCACCAUCUCUAUAUUUCUGUAUUCUUAAUUUUUCAUCAAUUAAAAACAUUUGAUACCAUUGCCCACUGUACCACAGGCACACCCCUGCAUUCACACUGGAAAGGGUUAAAGCUGACCCAACUACUGUCAUGCUACUUUGACCCUUCUCCACCAAAUACUUAGUGGAGAAUUCAGAAACUAUUCUCAGUAUAUGAAUUCACCACGGUGGGCUCAUCAACCUAAGGCAGGACUGCAGGACCCCAUGGAUCGGUGGCACCCAGACCUCUCUUUGGAGCUUAUAAGUUUUAGCCCAAAUAAUAAUAAAAGCACAAAUAAUAAGGUCCGUAGUUACAGAGAUCCGUGGUUUAUAAAACCGUGUGAGCUGGAAGGCUUAUGAUUAAGAGAAGGCCUGAGUGCACAAUACUUCAGUUGAAAUGUGUAUGGAGAGGAGGAGAAUGCUGUGUAUGCCUUAGCAGUACUACUGCUGUGCUUUCCUUCAGGGAAGCAUCCAAAUAAUUCCUUGUGGUACGUACAAAUAGUGGAAUGUUUAGUUCCUUGUAUUUCAUUGAAACCAUUACACAAACAAAGCUUAGGUCUAAUAGCACAAAAAUAUAUUUCUUGCCAUGUAAAAGAUGCCAUAUACCAUGUGAGUUAUUCAAGUGUAGGUGACCUUGCAGUGCACAUCAUCGUGUCUAAACAUGGUUUCAGAAAGUAUCACCAGGACUGUGGGUGUCACACUAGUAGCCCGAAUUUCUGGUCUUGUCUUGGUGGCAGAGCUAUUUUAUCUGUGGAAGGAGCAAGGUCUCCCAGACUGGAAGCCUUGAUACCUGAACUGCCACACACAGUUUGAGCUUGGUGAGGCUUUUGACAGAGAGUUGUCAAAUCUGAGCACUUACCUGCCUCUUUCCAAGUCCUCUUCAGCCUGCUAAAGAAUUAAAUUAGGUUACUUUGAUGUGAUCUGUUCUUUUUAUGGUGUUUCUCCCCCAUCUCUUCUUGGUGCAUAAAAAUCCGAUGGGAGUAAAUAAAAAUACGUUUAUUGUACAAAUAAUGGCUUCCACAGCUUAUCACACAAACCUUCCAUGCUCAUUAUUUUUCAGCUAACUUUUUACACUUUUCUUUCUUAAUCUUUGCAAGCAGUAGUGUUCUCCUUGCUACUUCCGUACGUCCGACUUCAUACGCGCUUGAAACGCUGAUGAAACUGAAGGCUGCAGCCAGCGGCAGGAUGGAGCAGACACCGGGGCUUUGUUCAGCCACUGAGCUGGUCACACCUGUGUUGGUCUUCUGGGACAGAGCAUCCUAAAGAGCUCCACAAGGGGAAGAGACCACAGCAAAGUCCAAGAGAAUGAAGAGACACAAGUGUCCCUACAAAUGUCCUGCACGAAGGAAGAUCUUGAUCCUAUGUUUUACGGGGUGGCUGAUAGCACUGCUGAAGCUCCUCCAUGUUGAAAGACACUUUUUUCCCUCUAAGGGCAUUUAUUUGGUUGAACACUUCUUGAGCACUUCUUCUUACGUUAGAAACAGGUAUUCCUAUCUUAGAAAUGAGUUCCACUAUGAAAUUAAUUGUUCAUCUAUAUAUGAACAAGAUCCCCAUGAAAUUGGCAAGAGUUUAGAGAUAAGAAGAAAAGAGAUCAUUGAUUUAGCUGAUGAAGAUGUCAUAGCAAUGACGAGUGAUUGCCACGUGUAUUAUUCACUUAGGAAAUAUGACCUGAAACCUGUUUCUCCUGAGGAAGAGAAUUUUCCAAUCGCCUAUUCUUUGGUUGUUCACAAAGAUGCAGUAAUGGUAGAAAGGCUCAUCCAUUCACUGUACAGCCAUCACAAUAUUUACUGCAUCCAUUAUGACCAAAAAGCAGCAAAAAGUUUCAAAUCUGCUAUGAAAAAUCUAGCUAAAUGUUUCCCCAAUAUUUUCAUUGCGUCAAAACUGGAGACAGUGGAUUAUGCACAUAUUUCACGGCUUCAAGCAGAUUUUAAUUGUUUAUCCGAUUUGAUGGACUCCUCAGUUCCCUGGAAGUACGUUAUUAAUUUGUGUGGCCAGGAUUUCCCUUUGAGGUCAAAUUUUGAGCUGGUUGCUGAACUGAAGAAACUUGGUGGAGGAAACAUGCUGGAAACUAUGAAGCCAAGCAGUAGCAAAAGAGAACGAUUUACUUAUCACUAUGAACUUAUGAAAGUGCCUUAUGAGUACAUGCAAAUGCCUGUAAAAACCAAUAUUUCCAAGAAUCCACCACCUCAUAAUAUUGAGGUAUUUGUAGGCAGUGCCUAUUUUGUUUUAAGCCGAGCGUUUAUUCAAUAUACCCUCAAAAGCUCUGUUGCAAAAGAUUUUUUUGAGUGGUCAAGGGACACAUACUCUCCAGAUGAACAUUUCUGGGCCACUCUUGUACGUGUUCCUGGGGUCCCUGGAGAAGUUCCAAGGUCAGCCCAGGACAUAACAGAUCUACAAAGCAAAACUCGUCUCGUGAAAUGGAAUUAUCUUGAAGACCAUUUGUAUCCUCCCUGCACUGGUACACACCUUCGCAGUGUCUGCAUCUAUGGGGCCGCAGAAUUAAGAUGGCUUCUGAAUUACGGGCACUGGUUUGCCAACAAGUUUGAUUCUAAAGUAGACCCUGUUUUGGUGAAAUGCUUGGCAGAAAAACUAUCAGAACAACAGAAAGAGUGGGUAUAUCUGUCCUCUGACAAAUACUUUCUGCACAUAAAUUCUAUGAAUGCCUCGCUAUAGCAGCGCUGUCUUCCUUGAUGUCAGUACUGUGUACUGUUACAGCACAGCACCUGCAGUUCCUCUGUCUUGACCUGCUGCAGGAUGUUAGCGAGCGAAACAUCCAUCCUGCAUAAAGUUCAGAGCCCUGGAGAGCCAGGUGCCUGGCCAUUUGUCUAUGAAAAGCCAUGCCUCUCUGAUUAAAUGUUUUGUAACUUGCCACAAAUGCUGUAAUUGUUCUUCAGGGUGACUCCGAGAGGGUGAGGUUUUCUUUUGGAGGCUCUGGCGCUGUCUGUCCCAAUGGAGUAGUUCAGAAACGUGUUUUACAUCAAGUGUGUUUGCUUCUUUCAUAAGAAACUCCAAUGCAUCUGUCUGCCUGUACCCUUUCUCUUCUUUUUUGUUUUUCUUAAACAUAUGAAACAAAGAACUCUGUAUCUGCUACCUCAGGAAAGCUGGAGCUGCCCAGCUCAGGGACAAAACCAAGAGAUCAGCACGACACCAAAUGAGCCAUGUGGCCUCGACGGAAGUCCCAAACUUCCCAUCUGUGGGAGCUAACAAAGAUCUUUGCAAUGUGAAUAUGACUGGAUGAUAUAAGGGAAAGAAGAUAUUUAGAACUGUAUUGUCCAUAGCAUUAUUCACUUUUUCCAGCUCAUCUAUGCGUUACUUUUCCUUCUGUGAAGUGUAUGCUCAGGUGCCAUGCCAUGCCUAUGAAAUUAGUGGUGGCUGACUUAAACAGAAGUACGUGGUGUUAUUCUUCAGAGUCAGUAUAUGAGCAUGCCCUAAGGGCCAUCUCUGCAGUCCCUUAGAGUAGAUAUCCAUGCCAAAAUAAGUCAGUCUUUAUGUCUAUCUCUGCCUAUAGAGGUAUUGUCCUAUGAAAUCCCAAUUCUGUUGAGACAGUAGGUCUACACACAAUGGAUAACAAGUGCUGUGUUGAAAUGCAAAAUGUGAAGUUGAGAGCUAUAAGAAUAGCCAUAUUACAGAAAUUAACACCCUGUUUAGAAAUGUCUCUCCGUACUCCUCUCGUGGCUUUGCACCACCAUGAUCCCAGGCUGACAAGAUAUUUCUCCUGUUAACGAAGCUGCCUGGAAGCCUCCUUGCAGGUGGGCUCACCAUGCUACAGUGUGAGGGAAGUGUUCAUUAGUGCUGGGGUCUCUGCAGAAACACACUUGCAACUCCGAGGUGCUCCUUGGCAUUUGGGGGGUUUCUCUGCAACAUUGUUCUGCCCCAAGUUCAGUUUCAGUGGUUCCAGUGGACCCUGGAGUCUAGCUUGCUGCAUGCAGCUGUCCUCUUUCUGCCCAUCUGGCUUUUAUAAAGGGACCUCUUCCUAUGAGUGACUUCGAGAUAUCUGGUCUUAUCAGUCCACUAAUUGCUGCAGUAACAAUCAUGUCUCAUACACAUGAGAAGUCUGUGUGCUUAUUUCAGUUGAAAGGACCAGGUAGUUUUUUGGUCUCGGUUUUUGUCUAUAAAUUUAGUCAUGGUCAAGUCAUCUGUGGCUUAAGAUUGGAUUUGAGAAUCAGGAGUCAUGGGCCUUUUUUCUCAUUCAUAGCAGUAAUCUCCUCCUAUAAGACUUCAGACAAGUCAUCUGAGUUUUCUGUUUCAGCUGUUCCAGCUGUAAAAUGGGAACAAAGAUGUUCUAUUAUCUUGCUAAGCACUCCAAAAUCUAUGGGUAUGUGGUUUGGUUGUACAGUACCAAUUGCUUAUCAAAGUAUUUAUAGAGCCUGUGGCCGCACAGGUCAAGUAUUUCUUUGAUGUACUGUCUCUGAAAUAAAUGGGGAUAAUUUUUUGAAGUGUGUGUUGCUUACUUCAGUGACUUGCUGUGUCUGCCCAAGGCUGUCUUGACUCGAUGUGAUUUAUAGACAUUGACGGUAUUUAGAGAUGCAUACAUCAGUA